AUGCCACUACACGACAACAAAUCGAAAACAUCAAGCGGUACGAUCGAACAGAUAACCUCGGUAUUUAAAAUCGAUGCUGAAGCUUUAAAACUCGAUCCAAAAACACGUCAAACUGGCCCGAUUGUUAAAGAAUUCAGUUUGAAUACUUCUAUGCACGGUAUUCCUGGUAUAGCUCGCAGUGAAAGUAUUCAUAAUCGUCUCUUUUGGACUGUUUCAUUUCUUAUCUAUACUGGUAUCAUGUUUUAUUUUAUUAUCCAAGCCAUCAGAGAAUAUUUCAAGUAUCCUACACAAACAUCAGUAGACUUUGUUGGUCAAUGGCCACAAGUAUUUCCAGCAGUGACAUUUUGUAAUUAUUCUCCAAUACGCUAUGAUCGAUUCAUUGAAUCGUUCACAACCUAUACCAAUUCACUCAAUCUAACAAAUCUGACCGAUUCAACUCCCAUGUCUCCAACACAAGCACUAUAUAUCGACGGUUUUCUACAAGAUAAACUCAAUCGAAAUGAAUCAUUAAUUGAUUUUUAUUUUUCACUUGAAUCAAUGUUAGUCAAAUGUACUUACAAUGGUGUGAAUUGUUCAGUUACCGAUUUCAUUCAGUUUACUUCACCUGUCUAUGGUCUCUGUUAUACAUUCAAUGCACAAGCCAAACACAUUAACAAUGGUGAAGUACAUUAUAAUAAUGAACAUGGCGAUAGUGGUGAACUGGAAUUAGGACUCUAUACUCAUGGUCAUAUGUAUGUUCCAUUUAUCUCUGAUGGUAUAGGCGUUGUGGCAAUGGUACAUGACAACACACAAUUACCUCUAAUUGAUAGGUUAAACACACAGUUAGUACCUGGACGAAAGUAUAAACUGGGUUAUAGUAAGAAAGUCAAUUAUCUAUUGCCACCACCUUAUACAACAUGUAAUGACAAAGUUCCACCUGGGUUACAAGCAAUGUUUGAUCAAUUCGAAGGAAUUACCUAUGCUUAUGCACAAGAGUUAUGUUUCAAAGUUGCAUUGCAGACCUAUACAUAUGAUGAAUGUGGUUGUGUCAGUCCGUAUGAAUGGGCAGCUCGUUAUAUUAUUCCUACAGGAACAAACUAUGUUGUCCAUGCCCGGUUAUGUGAUGCAUCCGAUUCUUGCUAUUCUGAUGCAGCUGAUCGAUUUCGAGAUUCUGAUUCUAUUUCACUCAGUUAUGGUGCAGCUUGUGGUCUAGAAUGUACCACUAAUGAAUUUGUCGUUAAACUAUCUGCUAUUGCAACGCCCGCUCAAUGGUAUAGUCAUGAGAUCAGGAAGUUUGUCGAAACAUCUGCAGUUCCAGUAACUCCAACUUGGAACGAAACUUGGCUGGAAGACAUACGAUUGAAUUAUGUUGGUAUUGCUGUUGUCUGUGAAUCGACUCGAGUAGAAGUCUAUACACAACAAGCAACAAUAACUGCGGUGGAUGUGAUCUCUAAUGUUGGUGGUCAAACUGGUCUGUGGAUUGGAAUUAGUUUCCUCUCGUUGAUGGAAAUUGCUGAAAUGAUCUAUCGAAUUAUUCGACAUCAAUGCCAUUGUAUUCGUAAUAAACUAGUAAAAUAA